AUGGCAACUCUUCGUUUCACCAAUAAUUCAACAAUUUUCUGUUUCGUAAGAUGCAUCUCACAUAGAUUGAUAACAUCGUCGUCUGUCUGGUUGAAUUGGAUCGAGUCGAAUGUUGUCCAGUUGCUAGAUUGUGAAAACAAGUCAAAUGAUGUUGGUCUGCAGUCUUCAAACCUGUCUAGACGCUGUCAACAUCGAAGCGACGAGUACUGCGACACAGAAGUGUUUCGCGCCGAAUGUUCCGAGAACCACGUGAUCCUCAUCCAGAAGGCUCUGUACGGCAGAAUGAGGUUGGGCAGGUGCGUGGAAAUCGGCAUGGGCAACAUCGGAUGCUACAGUGACGUCAUCAAGAUGACCGACAAGAGAUGUUCCGGAAGAAGGAUGUGCGAAUUGAGAGUUCCCGACGCCGAGUUCGAGUUGUUUGUUCCAUGCCUGAAGGAGCUCAAGUCUUACUUGAAUGCUGCCUACGAAUGCGUUAAAGGGGUUUUCGAAAUUUGGGGAAGAAGUUCCUUGAGGCGGAUCCAACCUCUGUACGUUUCUGUAGGCCACACCAUCAGAAUCAAUCUUCCAUCGCUUGACGAGCAGUUCAAAUUUCUAAUCCACUAUCAGAUUGUCGGUUGCCCACUGCCCAACUUACCAGAUGGAGCCUUGUUCUUCAACGAAAUGAACAACAACAUCAACAACAUCAACAACAACAUCAACAGCAUCAGCAACAACAUCAACAGCAUCAACAACAACAUCAACAGCAUCAGCAACAACAUCCACAGCAUCAACAACAACGUCAACAGCAUCAACAACAACGCCAACAACAACUACAGAGCCAACAGCAGAUCCAGUGGCAACGACAGCCCGGGCAACAUACGAACGAACAAAAACGCGAUGAGAAGCAAAGACAGCAGCAGCACUAACGUCAUCACGUCGCAGAACGUUCAUGACGCCAAUAAUAAGAACAUCACGAAAGAAAUAAAGAAUGACAACGAGGACGUCAAUUCGAUUAACGUUCACACAAAAUCGACCAAACACACCGAAGGCUACAGUAUAAGAAAUAAAACAACUCAUUACGGCCACAAAAACAGCAUAAAAAAUGUACAAAAGUUUCACCGUGCAAACGACAAUAACAACUACAUCAACAGAAUUACAGACGACAUGAUUAACCGGAACGACAUCAACAACAACAACAAAAACAUCAACAACAACAACCUCAACAACCACAUCAACAAAAACAUCAUCAUCAACAACAACAAAAACAGCAUCAACUACACCCAUUACAAUAUGUUGAUUAGUUGUGUGUACAACAACAAUCAGUGGUUGAUAACAUGCCAGGAUGGUACUUGGUCGGCUCUCGGCCUUAUAAAUUGUGUAAAAGGUUAA